AGAGGGAGAAAAGCGAACUGUCUGUCCACAUUCUGCGGCUUUUUCGGUUCAGUCUGUCGGGGGAAAGACCGAGACCUUUUUUUAACAGGAGUGAAGUUCGCCGUGCUUCAGCUCCAGGUGACCAGACAUCUGCUGCAAUGUUAACGCAGAGUUGAAACUACAGAUCUACCAGUCCUGAUACAUGACAGUAUACACCAGUCAUGGAGUUCAACAAAUUGGUGACCUUGUGGAUAUUUUGCUUGUGUCUUAUUGGAGAAAGCUGGACUGAAAAAACAAGUUCACCAGCACCAGACAGUCAGGCUGUUGAAAAUGGGUUGUCAGAUUUUUGUCGCAUUGAUGAGCCACUAUGCAAAGAUGAGAACGCCAUUCUCAGCUACGAGGCCAUCCGUAGUAUCCACAAGCAGAUGGAUGAUGACGCAAACGGCAAUGUAGACGUGGUAGAAACAGACGGCUUCCUGAGAGAAGAUUUAAACUACCAUGACCCCAAGGCAAAGCAUAACAGCUUCCACGGGGAUGACCAGUUCAUCAGUGUGGAGGACUUGUGGAACGCAUGGAAGGGCUCUGAAGUGUACAAUUGGACGGUGGAUGAGGUGGUGGAAUGGCUCAUCACUUAUGUGGAACUGCCUCAAUAUGUGGAUGCUUUUCGCAAGAUGAAUUUCAAUGGAAGUGCCAUGCCAAGGCUUGCGGUAAAGAACGCCACAUUGACUCUCUCUAUUCUGAAGAUUCUGGAUCGCAGCCAUGUGCAAAAGUUACAGCUCAAAUCUCUGGACACCGUGCUGUUUGGAGCGCCCCUGAUGAAUCGACAUAACCACUUGAAGGACUUCAUGCUGGUAGUGUCAAUAGUCAUUGGCAUGGGAGGCUGCUGGUUUGCCUAUAUCCAGAACCGCUACUCCAAAGACCACAUGAAGAAGAUGAUGAAAGACCUGGAGGGCCUGCAGAGAGCUGAACAGAGCCUGCAUGACCUACAACAGAAGCUGCAGAUCGCCCAGGAGGAGCACCGUACAGUGGAAGUGGAGAAGGUGAACCUGGAGCAGAAGCUAAGGGAUGAGAUCAACACAGCGAAGCAGGAGGCCCAACGACUGAGGGAACUUCGUGAGGGCACAGAGAAUGAACUGAGUCGCCAAAAGUACGCAGAGGAAGAGCUUGAGCAGGUGCGCAUGGCAUUGAAGAAAGCCGAGAAGGAGUUGGAGUCACGAAGUAGCUGGUCGCCUCCAGAGCCCCUCCAGAAGUGGCUGCAGCUCACCCAUGAGGUGGAAGUGCAGUACUACAACAUCAAGAAGCAGAAUGCUGAACGCCAGCUCCUAGUGGCCAAAGAAGGGGCAGAGAAGAUAAAGAAAAAGAGGAACACUCUCUUUGGGACUUUCCAUGUGGCUCACAGCUCGUCUCUGGAUGAUGUGGACCACAAAAUACUGGCAGCAAAACAAGCCCUGGGCGAGGUGACGGCUGCAUUGCGGGAGAGGCUCAAUCGCUGGCAGCAGAUCGAGAUCCUCACAGGUUUUACCAUCGUCAACAACCCAGGCCUGCCUUCCCUGGCCUCGUCCCUCAAUCUGGACCCCACCUUCAUGGGCGGCAGAGCCACACCUCAGCACUUCAUCAUGUCUGACGACAUGGACGACAUGGACGAGGAUAUCGUCCCUGGAACUCUGCAAUAUGGCACCCGACUGUUGGAACGGCGAGCCAGUGACCUGUGGUCCGUCGGUUCAGAAUAUCAGCCCAUGUGGAAAUAUCCUGCUCCCAGUAUGAUGUCCCUGCGCCAACGCCACAUUGACCCCCAGCUGGCCAUGGGCUCCCAGAGGUUGGUAGAGAGCUGCCUGUUGGCUGGGCAGCAGGGAGAGGGAAGCCCACACCCAUCCAGGUCUAGGGCUGCCCUCAGACAGUCACGCAGCCAGUCGUUUGGGCAGCUCGAGUGUCUCCCUCUGCCUCCUCUUUCCUCGGCUGUGUCUCACCCCUCCAUCAUCUGUACCUCCAGCCUAAACCCUCAGUCCUUGUCCUCCCUGUCCUCCUCUUCCUCCUGCUUGCCCAGCUCUGUGGGUGGUGUUGUAGCCCCUCAUUCCUCCCAUGUACUUCAUACUUCUUUCCAGCCCAUGGACCCCAUUCCUGAUUUCACCUUCUCAGAUGUCUCCAAAGCACACUCCUCAUGCAGCAACAGUUUUGGGGACCUAAAUCGCUCUGAUUCUGACUCCUCCCUGUCCCUCUCCCAAGUUGGCGAUCGGCUGUCUGCCUACAGCACCAAAGGCCACCUAAUUAAGCCCACCUCUCUCAUACACGGCAUUUCCUGUCGUGCAGAUGACGCCGUCUCACAGCAUGCUCACACCCCUAAUGGAGGGAACCGCAUUCAUGAGGUCAGUCCUGUAGAUCCCCUCCCCGACAGCCCCAUACUCAUGAAGAACGUGUACGGCAUGGAGAAGUCGCCCAGUCUGGGGGAGAUCAACAACCUGACAGAGUCCUCCCGCUCCCUCAGCCCCAAUUCCACUGAACCUGACACACCUUCACCUACAGGAGGAGGGCAACCAGGGGCCGUGGGGGCAAAGGGUGGUACCCGCAUCCCACAACUGUCCUCCAAGAAGAGUCCACUGGAGGAGGACAGUGCCUCUACAGGAGAAGACACAGAUUCCACUGCCAGCCGCAAGAAACACACCUUCAAGAUCUUCAAGAAACAGAAGAAAUAAGGGCUACAUGAACUACUGGCUAUCAAAGCUGUUUGACUGUAUUCCUCUUGUCUGUUUUUGGGAAUAAAAAAAAGUUUCAAAAGUUUUUCGGGUUGAUGGCACAAGCUGUUGCCGCUGCCUCUUUUUGUGGGUGCAACAUCUACUCUGAGAAACUGGACUGUGGGAGCAACCCAUUGUUGAGUUUUAUCUGCUUAUUUGGUCAAUCUUGAACAUGUGGGGAAUGGGUAGGUUUGUAUAUUGGAAUGUAAAGUAUUAUUUAUUCUGCAGGAAAUUGUGCCAGUCUCAAAGGGAAAUGUGUCUCCCAGUUGGUUUUUCUUUCUUGUUCUACAAUCUAUAACAUUUUGCAUGUCUUCACUUUUGUUUGACUGAUACCUGAAUGCUCUUAGUGUUUGCUUGGUUCUUGUCGUUAACCUGCUUAGACAAACACUUGAUGUUUAUUUUAUUACUACCUAACCACCUAGCCUACAAAUCCAAAGUGAAUGCACACUCUUUUUUUUUCUUCACUGAGUACUUUGUUUUUAUUGAUGGUUACAAGUUUUUCUUGUCUUUUUUUGUCGUCUUCUUGGCAGAGCAAAUGACCCAUUCAGAGGAUCCCCAAGCAGAAGAAUAGUGAUAGAAAGCUCUCACUGAUUUGUUAGUGACUCUGAUCUCACUAGUGGUUGUCAAAAAAUGCUGUGUCAUUUGAACUCAACACAGCAACAGCAGCUACUUGGUGUGGUUUAGACUCUCUAGAAAUGAAUAAACAAAUGGAUUUAAAAGGCUAAAUAAUAACUGAUCUGAAUCACCUUGUAUACACAUGAGAGUUGGAGAGAUGGUAAAUCACUCCACAAAUUACCCAAUUUUCCCCCAGGGAUCAAUAAAGAAUUUCUUUUUGAUUUUGAUUCUAAAAAUUAUAAAAUGACCAAUCAAGUUGCAGUAUUAGACCUUCAUUUUUAGUGUUGAGUAGGAAUGCACAAUAAGAUCCACAUUCCUCAUCAUUGGACGAUAAAGUUUUCUGAUUUUGCCCAGUACAUUUUUAAAAAUAUUGGGUGUAUACAUCUGCCAGUGGGCCUUCACUCUAAUAGCAGUCGUAAUAAUAUGUUAGUGCUACUACAGGAGAGAGUUGAUGUUCUCACCAGUUAGGUGGAGAAGAAAAGUGCAUAUAUGUGCAAUUGGCCCAAAGUGAGUUGCUGUUGUAGUUGAGUACAUGUGAGCAUGUCGGUGUGAGAGACAAGUGCUUUAUUGAAAUGUUCAGCCUUUAAACAUCGCCCACGAUUUGAACAUGUUUCAAAAGGUCCUGCAAAUGUAGGUCCAUUCUUUCAUUGUUAGGCAGAGGUGUUACCAAAAGCAUGAUUACCAAAAUGUCUGAAAAGACCCAAGACAGCGUGACAGUGAACUUUUCUCUAACUGUGUGCUGAAUUAAAGAAAAAGAAAAUAGGAUACACUUUUGGAGAAAGUGUACUUCUUAAAGACAGCACAAAUUACUUGAAGCAGUUGUUUUUUGUUUGUUUGGUUUUUUUUCACAACUCUUGUUUUUGGAGAUUAUACUCUUAAUAAAUGGGAAAUUGGAUUAAUAAGUUUAACUCAGAUUUUGGCUCCUGCUAUCCUCUGGCUUAUUGUUUCUGUGACUAUUUUGGGCAAUGAAAUCUUGGCAGCAGUUUGUCAGCAUGAUGUGGGUGCUGGUAAGGGCUAUAGUCAAGAGGCAAAAUCAUUUGCUCUGUGUAAGACAGAAACUUUCAAAUUGUAAUGACUUUGUAAUCCAUCUUUUUAUGGAAGAUUUAGCUCACCAGUUUAUGGUAACAAAAGACGAAUCAAGUGCCAAAUUACUGUUUCUGUGAGAGGCCUUUGUAUUUGUAGUGUGUUUGGCCCUUUGAGCCCCUUUUAGACAGAACACAAAACAUGACAUACAUAUAUAUAGUCUGUAAUGUAUAACCUGAGUAUACACACUGAAUGUCCAAGGGUAUAGUUAUUGUAACAGUAUCCUCAGUGCAGUAUGUUUACAUUUGUUACAAAUAAUUUCUAUCCUCCAGUUACCACAACAAAGAACAUUAUGCCAGUUUUAAUAAUGUCAGCUUUGUGCGAGCACAGAACUAUGCAUCAGUAGUUGUAGACGAUUCCUAAAGUAGUAGUAGGGACACUUAGGGUGUUCCUAGCCAAUGAACAACCAAAAAGUGCUGCAGAAGACACAGUUGGCCUCCCCCAGCCUCAUGAUGUAACCGGUGGUUUGGAUGUAGAAGACGUUUAAAUAUUUUACUUUGAAAACCAGUUCAAAAUGUAUGUCAGUUUCCUACUGGUACUUUUCUAAAGUGUCAUUUGUACCUCUUUUGCACGAGCUGUAAAUGGAUUAUGCCAUCAGAACGUGUGUGUGAGCGAACGAGUGAGCAAGCUUGUGUCUGUCUGUCUGUCUGCUCCCAGUAUAAUGCACUGUAAUGUUGAUGCAUGUCAACUGCUGUUACGAAACCUAUAUUGGGUUAGAAGAGUGGAUCAGCUUCAGCUCUUUAUUCCCCACCCGACUUUUUCUUUCUGUUUGUUUUUGGCUUCUAUUUAUGAAAACAUACAGUAUAUUUGUACAGAGAAAAUGAGAAUUUUGCAUCUUCUGUGAUGGUCUAGACUUUUAUGGCACUCCUGCAUGAUAGCAAUAAACUAUUUUGAAUGAAA